UAUCAUCACUCUGCGCAUAUCGCUGCGUUGAACUGCUUGAGGCAUGGGGUAUCCGAUGAGCACUUAGAAACAUGUGACCGUUCCAUUUAGCUAUGAUACCAUCUUCGUGCUGAAGUUUGUAUAGCUCUUAAUAUCCGAUAGUUAUCCAACCUCUUCCACUUCCUAGCUAGCAAGCUUUCAGCACAAUCAAUGGUAACGGUAUACAUCUAUCUAUCCAGUGCAUAAGGACAGCUAGAGAUUGGAAAGAUGAAUUUGCAAGUAGGCGCUGCCAAAUUCAACCAGACUCAACGUUCUAAGUAACCAUAUUGCUUAGACAGGAUAUUGCUAAACACCAUAUCCAUCCGUUGCGACUCAACAGCAGCGCCAAAGCUUUUUCAUCUCAUGUUUCUUUGUUCAGAUACCCCCAAAACCAUUAUCCCGCAGACUUGGAAUACUUACAGUGUAUCCAUCCAUUGCUUGCUUGCUGGUACCGGUACCUGUUGGUUCUCUGAAGACACACUAACUGACUUGACUUGACUUGACUUGACCAUGGCUCCUCUUGGAUUACAAUCGUUGGUGCUGGUCGCCGCGACACUGACAUCUCUCGUCAGUGGUCGCAAGCAGCAUCAGAAUGCCGUUCCACCCAGCACGGGCAAAGACUGGAUCUCACUGCACAACAAACAGGGUGUCGAAUUCCAACCGGCGCCGGCAGCCAAAGGCACCACACCCCAGCAACAACGAGCCUUGCGACAAGCGCAAAAGCGUCUCUUGCAAGAAGAAAGUGAAGAAUCAAGUGAAAGUCAGCAAGUACUGUCCUAUGUCGACUCGGCCGAAACCUACUACGAUGCGUACGCUCAGGCGUGGCGCUAUGUGGGAUUCUACACGGACUGCAAUCCAGCACAAGAAGAUCGAAGACGUCAUCGUCGAAAACUCAACGACGAAGAAGAAGAUCCCUGUCAGCGGUACUUGCUCUGGGCUGCUUACGUCGACUUGGGCUACACGGGCCUUGGCAUUGGAGAAUACCAGUUCUGGGACACGUACGCAGAAACUUGGGAUACCUCGGCUUGUGAAAAGGUUGGAAAUGUCAAUGAAGAUGGAGAAAUCGACGAAACCACCUGCAAACGAAUGAACUGCCACAUGCCAGAAGGAUCCAAAAACUGGCAUCUCAUGGGAUACUACAAGGAAGUAGAGUACACAGAGUGGUUUGAGCAACUAUUCAAGCACGAAGGAUACUGUGUCUGGCAAGGAAACGAAUACAAUUUCAUGUACAACAACUACGGUGCAUGGCCCGAAGGUUGCUCUGAAACGGAAACAUACUUGAAGGAUGGUACGGCGCUCUACUAUGAUACCAAGGCACUCCCCAAUGCCACCAUGACCUACGGAUUGUACACGGACGCACGAUGCUCUGUGGACUAUGAAGGUGACGAAGUCACCAUGGAGCAGGUAUUGCUCAACGGCGACGGUGACGGCGACCUAUUGUCCGUCGAGUAUUUGGAUUACUGGAACGAAGCCAUGGAAAUCUACCGUGUCUGCCAGCCUUGUCGUGCGUAUGCCUUGAAUCAAGGGUAUGGAGGCGACGACGGUCGUCGCCGUCGUCAACUCGCGGAGGGCAAACAACGUAGAUUGGAAGACAAUGAUCCCAACAAUGGACUCUUCCAAUGUGACGAUGCCGCCGGAUACACCAAUGUCAACCAAUGCAUGAAGUUCCGUACCAAGACGGAUAUGGAAUACGCAUCCUUGGAGGAAGUCAUGGAGGCUACCUUGCAGGGUGGAGUAACCAGUGUCACGGUCGAUAGACGCACGUACGGAUCCUACCGCGCUGGAAGAACCGAAGUAGAGAUUGUACCCGAUUGGAACUUGAUGUGGAUUGCCUGUGCCGUCUUGGGAGUUGGACUCGCCUCCUUGCUGGGAGCCAUCGCAUGGACCACAACCCGUUGUCGCGCAUUGAAGGGCAACAACUUGAAGGAACCAUUGAUCACGGAGUUGUAAGCACGCGAUUGCUUACGGCCUUGUUUGCAUGGUUUGCUUUCUCCUCCUCUGCGGUCGAGAUGCUUGUUUCUGUUCGCUGUGUCAUUUACCAAUUCUUUCAUAACAAGUACAUAUUAACUGAGUUCUAGAAAACUACUUUGUGCU